AUGAAGCUCUUCUCGGAGCUGGUGCUCGCAGGCCUCUCGUUUUUUGCUGCCCUCAAUCUCGCGGGCACGAGCGCCGCACGUGCGGAACUACCGGAGAUCGCUGUGCGUGAAGACAAUGAUUUUCUCUCAGUACCUGAUGCACCCGCCACUUCAUCCAUGGCCAAACAACCCAUGGAUCUCCGUCAGCCACCGACCAGUCAGGCCCCGCCUCACCCGCAGGCUGCCAGGGCAAACAAUUCCGCAUCCGAAAGUUUUGGGACAGCUGCGGGAAGAGUCACCACGUCCGCUCCCAGGAGCACGAACGGUUUUACCGCAGAACCGGUGAAUACAGUCGAGGCGGAGGAGGAGCCAAAACCUGCUGGCGCAAAGGGACCUGAGAUCAAACCUGCGGGGGGAAAGGCAGAGGCGACGGAGCCUGUUGUGGGGAAGGAAGAAGCGCGGAAGAAAUCUGCUGUAGGAGAGAAAGAGGAGGAGAAGAAAUCUGCUGUAGGAAAGAAAGAAGAGGAGGAGGAGCCUGCUGUAGGAAAUCAAGAGGAGGCGGAGACGAAACCGGCUGUAGGAAAUCAAGAGGAGGAGAAACCGGGUGUACGGAAGGAGGAGGGGGAGAAGAAACCGGGUGUACGGAAGGAGGAGGAGGAGACACCGGGUGUACGGAAGGAGGAGGAGGAGAAACCAGGUGUACGGAAGGAGGAGGAGAAGAAGAAACCGGCUGUACGGGAGGAGGAGGAGAAGAAGAAACCGGCUGUACGGGAGGAGGAGGAGACGAAACCGGCUGUAGGAAAUCAAGAGGAGGAGAAACCGGGUGUACGGAAGGAGGAGGAGGAGGAGAAACCGGGUGUACGGAAGGAGGAGGAGGAGGAGAAACCGGGUGUACGGGAGGAGGAGAAGAAGAAACCGGGUGUACGGAAGGAGGAGGAGGAGAAGAAACCGGCUGUACGGAAGGAGGAGGAGGAGAAGAAACCAGCAGUAGGAACGGAAGAGGCGGACAAGAAGCCUGCUGUAGGAGAGAGAGAGGAGAAGAAGAAACCGGCUUUAGGGAAGAAAGAGAAGAAGAGGAGGAAACCGGCUGUAGGCAAGAGAGAGGAGAAGAAGAAGAAACCGGCUUUAGGCAAGAGAGAGGACGAGAAGGAACCGGCUGUAGGCAAGAGAGAGGACGAGAAGGAACCGGCUGUGGGCAAGAAAGAGGACGAGAAGGAACCGGCUGUGGGCAAGAAAGAGGACGAGAAGGAACCGGCUGUAGGCAAGAAAGAGGACGAGAAGGAACCGGCUGUGGGCAAGAAAGAGGACGAGAAGGAACCGGCUGUAGGCAAGAAAGAGGACGAGAAGGAACCGGCUGUAGGCAAGAAAGAGGACGAGAAGGAACCGGCUGUAGGAAAGGAAGAGAAGCCUGCCGUAGGAAAGGAGAAGCCUUGUGCUGGGGACGUGGAUUCGGAAAUGUCGUUUGUUGACCGAAUAGAGCAGGUUGUGCAGGCGGUGUUGGAGAAGCUUCUGAUGGACACUACCGGGCUCCCGGCAGCGGAAGUGACAGAGGCAAGGCUUCUGGUGGCUGACUUGAAAGCCGUUGUCGACGCCGCCGAGGAGGUGCGCGUGUAUGGCGAAGGAUUUUUGAACGCGUCCGUUGCCAUGUUAAAGGCAGCGAAACGUCUGAGAGCUGCUGAUGAGCAACCGUCCCUGUCGAAGGACGAAGUUGUUUUUGUGGUUCGUCAUUUCUUGAUUACACAAGUGUAUAUGGAAGAUAGAUCCAGCUUGUUUCUUGAGGUCCUGGAGCACCUUGCAGACUUGCUGGCAACGGACCAAAUCAAGACGGUGUUUGCAGAGGUGGAGGAGGGCAUUUCGUGCAGCGAAGGGGUGGCGCGCGUUGCGGAGGAGCUCGUACCGCUCGUGAACAAGGCACGGGAACGCCGAUACGAUGAUCUCUUUACUGUCACCUCGUGGUUCAUGAACCGUAUGGAGCACUUCAAAUACUAA